AUGUCUCAGAAAGUGUUUGAUUACAGGCUACUUAGGCGCACCCCAAAAUAUCCUAUCUUUUCCACCAUCCCAUUUACUAUUAUAUUUUUCAUCGUUUAUGCAGACUACACUGUCUUUAACCUUCCCAUGCAUCCUGUUAACCUGAGAAUCCAUGAACUUUUUCAAGAUCACAACACUCGAUUACCUCGACAGAAAACUGAAUUAACCUUGACUGCUGAGAGCAUGCCACAGCUUUCCAUACAGGAAAAGAUAGAUGAAGUUGCAGAGGAAGUUCCUGGUCCUCUGGUUCCUCCAGAAAAUGUCACAAAAGGGGAAGCUCCCGGAACUGCAGAUACUCAACUCAAACAAUUUAACAGAGCAGUUUCAUGGUCGAGUACUUGA